AUGCAACACGUAUCGGGAGGAGAAGAUUCGCCGCAACCCCCGCAGCAAUUUUGCCUUCGGUGGAACAAUUACCAGUCGAAUUUGACGAACGUUUUCGAUCAGCUGUUGCAAAGCGAAUCCUUCGUCGAUGUGACUCUCGCAUGCGACGGCCGAUCGAUCAAAGCUCACAAAAUGGUACUAUCAGCCUGCAGUCCUUAUUUCCGACAGUUGUUUUUUGAGAAUCCCUGUCAGCACCCGAUAAUCAUUCUCAAAGACAUAAACUGGCCGGAAUUGAAGGCGACGGUUGAAUUCAUGUACAAGGGAGAAAUAAACGUUUCGCAGGAUCAAAUCGGACCCCUGUUGAAAGUUGCGGAAAAUUUAAAGAUAAGAGGAUUGACGGACGUGAACGGCGAAGAAUCGGGAGAUGGAAAGUGUCAAACGAUGAGAAAAAUCGGGAGCGGGUGGGACCCGAAAACGUCGACUUUGCACACGGACGAGAGUCUCGAAGACGCGAGACCGUCUUCCCCGUCGCCGUCACAUCAUCACCUGAAUAAGAAAAGGAGGAGGAAAUGUUCGCCGGAGAGAAGUUCCGCGGGAAGGAAUUCGGUUAUGAGCAGGGAGAGUUCGAGCAGUCCCGAAAUAUCUCCGGGUGCUCCGGAUUCGUUGGAGGCUGUCGCUUUGGACAUGUCUCCACCGACGCCGCAAACACCCGUCAACUUGAACCUUUCCAAUCACGUCAAUUCCCAUCCUCAGAAUCAACACAGUCCGGCAAGACCCCAAAGUCGAGGACAACCCCAUUCGGCUCCGCCGCAUCUCGCUGCCGAACCGCCAAGCCUUCCGUUAUCUAUGCCGCCGACGGUUCCGCCGCACCUUCCCGUCGACGAUAUGGAAAUCAAACCUGGGAUUGCGGAAAUGAUCAGAGAGGAAGAAAGGGUGAGUCUCUUUUUUUUAUCAUUAUUAUUAUUAUUACUAUUUUUCUUCCCCUUCAUCUUUUUCUUUUUUUUUUUCUGUUGUCCGUCGGAUCGGAGGAAUUCAUUUGUCGCCAUUUUUUUUUUUUUUUUUACGUUGUAUUUUACCGAAUCGGUCGACAUUUUGUUUUUUGUUUUCUUCUGCUACGAAAAAAAAAAAAAUGUCAUUUUCGGGUUGUAA